AUGUCGUCUUCCUCGACAUACCCCCCGGGAAUUAGGGCCCCGCUCUCUACGGACAACGAGAACAACCACAGCGGAUUAAUUGUGGUGAUUACCUCAUUCUAUCUAGUCCUUAUCCUGUUCUCGGUGUCAGCGCGGCUAUUCACCCUGCAUCGCAAGCGCCUCGUGCAACUAGAUGACUUCGUGUUCGCUUUCCUCGUGAUCAUAUCGUUAUCCCAGCUUUCUGUCGUUCUGCGCCAGGUUCACCAUGGCUGGGGAACUCGAGCAGGCCCUGCUACUCUUGACGGCAGGGAAUCAAUGCUCAAAACCGGCUAUGCCGCCGAUAUCCUCUUCGUCGUCGCCCUCGGCCUGUCCAAGAUAGCAACGUGUCUGUUCUACGAAGCCCUCUUCUCCCAGCUCCAGCGCCGCAUCAUCCGGACUGUCCUUACAGCGGCCGUUAUCUGGACGCUCAUGUCCAUCUUCCUCGUCGCGAUCCGAUGCAGCAGUCGCCCAUGGCGCGACAUCACCGAGCAAUGCAGUAGUCUGUACCCCCGCUGGCAAGCAAUCACCGGCCUCGACAUCACAACCGAAGUCCUGCUGUUCGCCUACUCCGGCUGGGCCAUCCACAACGUCCGCAUCCCCCUCCGCAAGCAAAUCAUGGUCUUCCUCGCUCUGGGCUGUCGCAUCGUACUAGUCCCCCUCUCCGUCCUCCGCCUCCACUACACAAAAUCCCAACUCACCUCCUCAACCCCAAUCCUACUCGGCGCGUACACCACCACAUCAACAGAAAUCUACCUCUCCCUCAGCAUCGUCUGCCUAAUCACAUCCUCGCUGAAAUUCAUCAUCGCCGUCUACGAAGACCAAGACGGGAUCUCGUACACGGGCGGGUCCGCAAAGUCGACCAAAUCGAAAGAACCGGUUAGCACGGACUCGUCGAAUACCAAGAGUCGCAGCUAUAGUUAUGGGAGUGCGAGUGCGGGUGCGUUGGGGGUUGGGGAUCGGGCGAGGCUUGUUAAGGAUUCCCCGCGGGAUCCUGGGUCUUCUGCUGGAGGGUCUGGAGGGUUGCAGAUAUUGAGGUCUGUGCAGUGGAGUGUGCAGGAUGAGGCGAUUGAGUUGGAUGAUAGGAGGGCGGGGGCGCCUGGGAGGCCGUUUUAUGAGCAGUUACGGUAUUAA